AUGAACAAUGAGCAGCACGGUUUUAAGAAUUCUCCGUUAUUAACAAGUUUCCAUAUUUUCUGCAGAGAUCAGGGAACAACCCUGCUUCAGAUCAACGAUGAUGAUGAAAACAAAUGGCUUACAAAGAAUUUUCCAAAUGUCGAAUACCGGAUUGAUUUUACUGACAUUGGUACGGAAGGAAAAUGGGUGACAUUAUCUACCGGGAAAAGUACAUACACAAGUUGGGAUCGUGGACAACCAGAAAACUGGAGGGGUGAUCAGGACUGUGCCAACAACAAUUAUUCUAAACGACUUGGACGAUGGGACGAUACGAAGUGUAACGGCACGUAUCAAGUCAUGUGUGAAGCAUCAGGUUCUGAAUUCUAACCAUGGAGAGACUGAACUUAUUAAAAUGUUAGAACACCAUAAAAAGAAUAAAAAAGAUUUGAAAUCAAACAA